CCAUAACUGGCAGGAGUAUAAGAAUGUGAGAGGAUGAAAGUUUGUGUCGCUCGCGCAGUCGCUAUAAACGGAGCUGUAACAGGACAGCAAUCCUAGACUUUCUGACAUGGGAUGUGGAAAUUCGAAGUCCACGAUUGUCCAACCUGUAGGCGAACGCAAUGGCUGUGAAGAAGGAAACAAGGGGAUGGGUUCUUCCAGUGGCAAGCUAGACAGUCUUCGGGGACAUUCAGCAGUGUCAAAGCACACAACAGACAGUGGCUUGGGGCUGGACAGUGAAGGGACAAACUUACCUGGAACUGUGCCAAGGAAACUGCCCCCUCUGAGAGCUGCUGAAAGCCCUGGACUCUCACUGGAGCCGAAAGAGAGACAAAAGUCCUCUGACAUCCUGCAAGAACUUCUCAGCAUGGGCAUUAUUCAGAGCCAACCCAGAGUGGUCAGAAACGGAGAAGCCUACGAUGUUCGGGUGGAUUGCUCAGACAAUCAAGUAAGGGGACCACCUCCUCGUUUAGAGUCUUUAAAGGCCAAGAGGGAGCAGACUAUUGUAUGCAAGGAAGACAUUGAUAAGAAAAUGAAGGCUGUGGAAGAAAGGCGAAAGACCAGAGAAGAAGAGCUAAAGAGCAGACUCUGCACUAAGUCAGCGAGGUGCCGUAGUGUUUUAAGACAUCAGGAAGACCUUGACCAAGGGACCUGUGAGGAAGCUCAUGAUUCAGAGGCCGUUGUUUUAAAUCAAAGGACAAGUGUUGAGCAGCCUGCUCAUUCAAGAAGGAAUGUAACAGGAAACAACAGUGAGCAGAUGAAUGGCUUUGUAGAACAUGAGACUAAAGCCACCUUCAACAGUCUCAGUACGAAACCCACAGAUGAUAAGGAUGAAUUAUUUUAGCCCUUUUUUAAAAGAGGCAUUGCAAUAUUCUAGUAUAAUAUAGUGCAAAGGCUUCUUCACACCCAGGUCAAUGAGACAAGACAAACCAAAAAUCAAAAUAGAAUGGGUUUUGUGUAUUGUAGCUUUUUUUAGUAAGUCAAUGCAUUAAUAAUAAGUAUAUAGUGCAAAUAAAAAUGUAUAUCUUGACAUAAUUCAACAGUAUGGGCUUUUUUAUAAUAAAAGGGCUUUAAAUAUUGAGCUAAGUUUCCAUAAUAGCAGAAUUAUGACUGUGGAAGUGGUUAGGCAAAAAUAUAAAACUAAUUAGAUUGAGCCACGUAAGGCUGUCUUGUUUCCAUGGCAACUUGACAAGCAAGAAGUCACUAUGUAAGACUUUUAUUGUGGAAAUUACAGUUUGGUUAGGCACUGAAUGGACAUGAUUCACUAUUUAUUUAUAUGCAGAACCCUGGGGACAAUAGUGAGAAAUUGUAUUAACUGAAUUUAGCAAUGUGUUUGGUUUUCUAUCACAAAUUAUCAUCACAAUUUUCCUGUAAAUAAAACUAAUCCCUUCAAAUAGA